UUAGUGUUUCUUUAACACCUGUUGUUGGCUACUCAGCAGGCGGGAACGUCCGAAGCGUUCCUUCCGCCUGUCAGCGGCUGGCCCCACGAAUACGAAGCCCGCUAUCGCAACCACCAGGAUAAGGUGGCCAGGGUGCAGGCACUGGUCAGGGGAUUCCUGGCCAGGCAGAAAUACGCCAAGCUACACGCCCGACCAAAGCCACCGGCGUUGCUGCAGGAGACGGAAGAGGCGCCUGUCUCGCUGGCAGCCAUGGAAGAGGCGUGGAGCUUGCCGAGGUCGCUGCAGGCGCUGCCCAAGCUGCCCGAGCCGGGACCCGGCCGACCCGCGGCGUUGCUGCUUGUCUGCGGGGGCCUGGGCCCCCAGAAGCGCCUAGAGUUCAGCUGCGCCGUCCUCGGCUUCGCAGCGGGACACAUUUGGCGGUGCGAGAAGCUUCCGCAGCCUCGGCACCAGCACGCGGUCACCUGUCUGGGCGACUCCCUGUACGUGCUGGGAGGCUUGGACACUCGCAACAGCCGGCGUGGGCUGCGACUGGCCACCAGCGCCUGCUUUCGCUACCGCUUCCAGAUUGCGCACCAGGGAGACGAGAGGCCCAGGCAGAUGGCCGAGACGGCGGGCCAGUGGGAGCGGCUUCCCGACAUGCGUCAUGCGCGCAUCAAUCACGCCGCAGUGGCCCUCAAAGGGCGCGUGUACGCCGUCGCCGGACAGGACGAGUUCGAUGUCUUCCUGAGCUCGGUGGAGUGGUACGAGCCCGGUGCGUCGUCGUGGUGCGAGCUGCCGUGGCCGUUGCCGUGCCGUCUGUCGGCGUGUGGAGUGGCCGCUUUCCGCGGCGCUCUGCACGUGGCCGGGGGACUGGUGCAGGCGCCCCGCCAUCCGGACUGCCUGUACGUUGUCUCGUCGCUGCUGCGCUGGGACGCCGCCGCCGGCCGCUGGCAGAGGGCAGGGCCGAGCCUGCCCUCCGGUAGGGGAUCAUUGGCACUCGUCGAACACGACGGCUCCCUGUACGCCAUAGGAGGGCUCGCUAGGACAGAGACUGGCCACCUCCGCGUACUCAGUGACGUCAUAGCGUACAACGAGAAGGAUGGAUUUUGGCGCAAAUGUCCACCUCUGCCAGAGCCACUCCAUGCUUGUCAGGCCUUCUCUCUGGGCGGGCAACUGUUGGUGGUCUCUGGCAGCCGCAUCCUGUGUCUGGAAGACCAGCAGUGGACCUGCAAGGCCAGUCUGCCGGCUCCGCUCGCAGGAUCAGCCACUGCCAUGGUGCCUUCUCCAACAAUCGUCCCUGCGCCGUAAACCCUCUAGAUGGGCAGCAUGGGCAAGACGACUGCACCAAUACUGCU